CCGUGACCUAACCAAACGUAACCCCAAGAGUCCUCGUUGAAUACAUCGCUUUAUCUCAGUCUGGAAGCAAUAGAAAACGUGUGACUACGUCGCUCAUCUAAAUGGCUAGCAUAUUAAUAAUGGUGCGUUAUCUUUGUGCGCGUCUCUCAUUGGAAACCUUCACUUCACGUGGUGCUGUACAAAUAAUGAAGAGGUGAAUCCCCCAAUCCCCAGUCUACCGUUGUGGGACCGAGUCCGUGGCGUUUUGAGUGUCAGUAACUUCUGUGUCGUAAACUGACAUCAUCUCAUCAUGCCUGGAAAGAAAUGAAUCCCGAUUCAGCGCUCGACUCACAUAGAAACGCGCGCGAAGAGAACUUUGCCUUGCAACUAUUGUGUGGUGGAUACGGCACGCGCCACGGCAGCGCGCGGAGGAUCAACAACUUUCCUCAGAAACAGCGCUAGCAUCCUUCCCAUGUCGAUUCAAACCCUUCCAUGUCACAAAUUAUUGUUGCUUUAAUUGGACGAGAAUGUUUCAGAAGAAACCAUAUCUGCUCAAACACGAGGAAAACAUCGUUGGUAAGCCUUGAGAAGCGGAUAAUAAAUGACUUUUAUGCGCCCCAGAAUCGCGUCCUCGCCAGGUGGACUGUGAAGAGACAGAAGAGGAAUGUUUAUCCGAAAUUUAUUGCCGCUUAGUUUGGGUUUUUUGUCGUUUUUGUUAAGUCACUGUUUUCUCUCACUGUUUCUUCCAUUAUUUCAGUUUGCGAGAGGAGAGCUGCAGAAAUCAUGCUCCCGGACCACAGUGGCACCGCUCGAAGGGAGCUGCCAGUUGCCAUGCCAGUGUAGGGCCUACCCACCGUUACCCCCUCCACCCCCUCCUCCACCACCCCCGAGGCUCCUGGCUCCAACUGUGGCUCCCUCCACUGUAUCCCCCAUAACGCCAUGGAGGAGAGAGAUGGAAAUCUUAGUACUGGGGACAGUAAGCUGUGCAUCUGUGGUCUUCCUUCUCCUGACUGCCAUCAUCUGCUACAAGGCCAUCAAGAGGAAACCCCUUCGAAAAGAAGAGAAUGGCACAAGCCGAGGGGAGUAUGCCAUGAGCUCACACUGUAAACAGCAGGUAGUGGAAACCAAUAACACUGGAGUAUAGUGGCCAUGCUACAGCUGAACAUUCUGUACUCUACAGCACCACCAUCUCUGUUGGGGUUUAUGAGAUGGACGCAAGGCAUAUUAUGAAUUUAGGAAUGGUAAACCUCAUGGCUGCUCUUCUUGGGACAUAAAAUGAUGUUUAAAGAAAAGACUAAGGUGAAUAUGUAUUGAGUGAUGUGUACAGGUACAAGUAUAAGCAAGUUUCGAGGAGACACGGAAACUCUUACCAAUGCUGGCAGCUGCACGAAUAUCAUGAGACUCAACCUGGCGGCCCCCCAGAGCCCCUUUGAGGAAUAUAUACAACAUCAACAAAAUAAAAGCAUGCACUUUCUGUUGAAUGCAAUGAUGUUUUAAAAUUCCUGUCUUCUCUUGUCUUUAACUCUGUUUUUGCAGUGUUCCUCAUUAAGCGUUAAGGGUUCUUGUAUCUCAUGUAGAUUGUGUGAGUGUUUGAUGGAUAAUUGACUGAAAUUGGCCAAAAUUCCAAAUGGGAUUGGGUGGUCCUGGAUUUUGUGUACCAAAUAUACAAGGGAGAAUAAGAAAUGGUUUCCUUAACCUGAUAAAUGUCACCGUCCCGUAUACGGGACGCCUAAAAUUACUUCAAUAUAUUACAAUUAUAUCCUAAUCUAAUCAUGACAAACUAUAUAUCGUUGGAAAGGUCUAAGACUCCUAAAUAGAUAUUUGACCACGUUUUGUUGUUAAAAAUUAUGAAGGAACAGUAAAAGAUAAAUUUAUAAAAAGAGUGCACCUCAAAACAUAUACAUCAUAACUGGAGUUCUGACCUUUGUUACAAAAAAUCAAUUCCGCUUCCUUUUUCCCUAUCACAUAUUUUAGUAAUCAUCUUAAAUUAUAUAUCAUUUGAAAGCUUAUAUACUCCAAAUUCAUCUUAUGAA